AUGAUUCAGCUCGACCAAACAAAGGUGAUGGUUAAAAGAGUAAACUCAAAAAUUACUCUACUUCAGCAGAAUCUAACCAGCUGGAUGAAUAUUCUACACCUGGCACUUCUGAUCACACGAAGGAGGAAUAAUGAUUUGGAGAGACGGGAAAGUCAAUAUUUAGGGACUGCUAGAGAUGUCGAUAAUGUAAAAUAGAAGUAAAGACGCAGGUUUGUCUAGCUUAAGCAAGAUGGAAAUGACACUGAAUAACUAUACUUAAUUGACGCUUAGUGGGUAAAGAGGUGGCUUGACAAUAUAGGAGGUCUAUUGUUAGGUGAAGAUGUAUUUUUUAUUUCUUGGAAAUUAUGGAAUGCGUUGUAUGACUGGUACGGAGGAGGACCUACUUUAAAGUGGAAGAUUGAAGUUGCUGAAUCUUAGAAAAAGUCACAUGUGAAUAGCCCAGGUUACUUUAAAUAAGAGACUAUAGCAGAAAAUAUGCACUCAGAGUCAUCUGAUGGCAAGAGAGAUAGUGAGGACUCAAUUGAUAAGAAAUUUGAUUCAUAUAACUACUACUCAAAGUUAAGGGAGGCUAAUCCUAAGUAAAUUGAUAAAGUAUUAAAUACAAUUUCACAUUCACCAAUUUAGAGUGAAAAAGUAUCAAUUAGAAAGGCUUCAUCAUCCCAUGGUCUGAAAAAAUAAGGGGAAUAUAAGCUAAGACUUUUUGGACUUGAAAACAACAAUUUACAUUGCUAUUUAAAUUCAGUGUUGCAAUGUAUAUUUACUCUAUCACAUAUUAGAGAGUUUUACUUGAAGAGAACUUAUUAGAUGGUAAUGGUAAAAAGCCCUGUUUUAAAUAGUUUGGAUUGGUCAAGGCUAAUGGAGGACAUAUCUUCAGAUAUUGAAAGAAUGAGUAAAAAAUUAUCAUUCUAAGUUGUGAAAACUAGACCAAUUAGAAGAUUGAUAGAGAAAGAAUUUAAUCCAAUUUUAGAGCACGACUCGCAUGAAUUCCUUCUCUAUUUUUUAAAUAGGCUAAAGGAUGAAUUAACAGAAAAAGAUGCCUAACAUCCAGUGUUCAAUAAAGGAACAAGCAUUCAAAUGAUAUGGAAGCAGUAUCAAUAAUAGUUUUCAUCUAUAAUUGACAGCCUUUUUACAGUAGAGGGUAUUCAAUCAAUUCAGAAAUCUCUAAGCUAAUAUCAAUAACCUGAAAGACUUCCAGAUUAUCAAUGCGAAACUUGCAAAAUGAGGUCAGUGUGUUAAAUUGAGAGACUAAUAGUUAAAUUACCAGAAAUUUUCAUCUUUUAGCUUCAAAGGUUCUCAAUGUACCCUAAACUCAGGAAAAUAAGAGGGUUGAUCAAGUAUGGCGAAUUACUAGAUAUGAGACCAUUUAUUUAAGACAAAUAUGCGAGCGAAUUGUGCAAUAAAAAUACUCAAUAUGAGUUAAGUUCAAUUGCAGUUCAUAUGGGAACAAUUCAUGGAGGGCAUUAUGUUGCCUAUGCCAAAAAAGAGGAUGGAAAUUGGUACUAUAUGAAUGAUGAAAGAGUUAGUCGUGUUUAGCUUCACGAGGUUCUAAACCAAGACGCUUAUAUAUUAUUUUACAAGAAGGAAGCAAUGAGUAAUAUUUUACUAAGCUAGACACCAGACUUUAGCUUGGAUAAAAACUCAGAUGAGCAGUUUUCGAUAUGUGAUCAAAACUAGUAACCAUAGGAUCUUUUGGAGAUUAUAAAUUUUCAGCAACCUGCAUCUAAUAAGCAGAAAUCAAAGUUGAGUGGCGGUAAUUUUAUGACUGCUGGCUUUGACUCAGAUUAUGACGCGAAUAGCAACGAAUUCUUCAUUGAAGACUCUCUUGAGCAUGAAAAGAGAACAAGACAACGAGAAUUUGCAAAGAAAUUAGAACUGUACUAUAACAACCAGACUCCCGAUGGACUUGAUUUGGGUUUAUUCGAUGGAAUGAAUGAUAAUAGCAACGUAAUUAUUCUUGAUGACCAAAUCAAUGAUAGUGACGAGCAAAAAUAUCUCAACGAGUUAAAUUCUAACCUCAAUAUCAUACCUGAUGAUGUCUAAAUGUUUAACUAGUCUAUUAACUUUGACGUUAAUUCAUGCCAAGAUGAAAAUAUUGAUCCCCAAGGUUACCUAAACAGCAUCCAUUGUUUUGAUCAAAUGUAGAAUUUGAAGGUAAAUCCUUUGUUUGAAAUGGCAAAUCUAUCCUUUAUCAAGAGCGAUUCUAUGUUUGAGUAAAUGCAACCUUAACAGUUAGACCAUGAAACUGGCAUAAAGGGAUCAGAUUUAGAUGACUUCUACAACUUUAAUAUGAAUGAAAAUGAUAGUGAGGAAUAAUCAGUUAUCGAUAAACUAAAGGAUUAAAGCAUCAGAAGCAGGAAAAAGCGUGGUGCACCAUUUAAAGGUAAAGUAUCAGAUCAGAAAGAGGAGGGAUUCAAAGUUUUAAGAUAGAAAACUUUUAGAGAGUAUAAACAGUUCUUUGAAAAAAGAUCAUACUUAAAGAAGCAUCCUAACUAAAAAAUGAAAAAGAAAAAAGUAUUCGUUAACAACGACGACCUUUAAUAGCAAUAGAAAAUCUUAUCAGAAUUCGAUGCCUAACUUCUAUUUUAAAAAGAUUUAUUCCCUCUUAAUAGUCGCCAUUAUAAUAAGAUCGCUGGAAACUUUGAUCUCAUUCGAGAGCCUAUGUACAAGUAUAGGAAGGAUGUAAAGGAGCGACUAUUCAAGGACAACUCAAUGGCAUUCCUCUGGAUGUACUAUAGAUGCGAGGGUGAAUUUGAAGUACCUGAAAAUAGAGAAGUAUUUGAGAGCUAAAGACUUAUUUAUGAGGAUUUUGACAAUCUUGCUCUAGAGACAUUGAAAAAGGGAAAUGCAUAGCUACUUAGCUAUAUAUAUUAACUUAUCAGAACUUUUGGGGAAGUUUAAAAAAAUGAUCUCGGAUAGAUAUAUUCAAUUCUAUCUACAAAGGAUAAACUUGACUUUUCUUUGAAAAUCAAGCUAGACUCAGAAUAAGUUUAAAUUAGCAAUGAUGAAGAGGAAACUCCAGGUAAUCCAGAUCAAGAUAAAACUGAAACUAGUUCAUCAACAACUGAGACAAGUCAAUUUGAGGCCUGA